AAAAAAUUAUAGAAUUAUUUUCAUAAACAAUUAAUUUUUAAAAUAAACCGCCUAUUGACUUAAUUUGAAAUUGAAUAGUGACUAAAUUCACAGUCAAAAUGCCGCUUCCCAUGCAGGCUCUACUAUUUCAGAAUGCUGUCGAACCAAUGCAAGUGGAUGCACCACCAGAAGAUAAUGAUAAUACCGAAGAAGAAGCAUAUAUUGUGGAAAAUCCAACAUUGGAUUUAGAAGUGUAUGCAAAUAGUUACAUAGGUUUGGCAAAAUUGUACCGAUUAAUUUAUAUCGCCGAUCAUUGUCCAUAUUUACGUUUAGAAAGUUUAAAAAUGGCUAUAAAUUAUGUCAUGACCACAUAUAAUGUUAAUUUAUACCAGCAAUUACAUAAAAAACUAACAGAUAUGCUAGGACCACAUAGUUUACCAGAUAUUGCGUCCCAACCAACAUCACAAGAUAUGCCUACGUUGGAUACCAUGUGGAUUGAAUCGAAAUCGAAGAAAGCUGCUUUGAAAUUAGAAAAAUUAGACACCGAUUUAAAGAAUUACAAGUCAAAUUCGAUCAAAGAAUCAAUUCGACGUGGUCAUGAUGAUUUAGGUGAUCAUUACUUAGAUUGUGGUGAUUUAUCGAAUGCGUUAAAGUGUUAUUCACGUGCCCGUGAUUAUUGUACGAGUGGUAAACAUGUCGUUAAUAUGUGUUUAAAUGUUAUUAAAGUUUCGGUGUAUUUACAAAAUUGGUCGCACGUACUUAGUUACGUAUCGAAAGCAGAAGCAACACCGGAUUUUACGGAAGCGCAUAGUAAAGAUGCAAAUCAAACGAUUUUAACACGAUUAAAAUGUGCGGCAGGUUUAGCAGAAUUAGCAACGAAAAAAUAUAAAAGUGCUGCAAAACAUUUUUUAGCCGCGAAUUUAGAUCAUUGUGAUUUUCCGGAGCUAUUAUCCGCGAAUAAUGUUGCCAUGUAUGGUGGUCUGUGUGCGUUAGCAACAUUCGAUCGUUUAGAAUUACAAAAGCAAGUGAUUUUUAGUUGUUCGUUUAAAUUAUUUUUGGAAUUAGAGCCACAACUUCGAGAUAUUAUUUUUAAAUUUUAUGAAUCGAAAUAUGCAUCCUGUUUAAAACUUCUGGAUGAUAUUAAGGAUAAUUUAUUGCUGGAUAUGUAUAUUGCACCGCAUAUUAAUACGUUAUAUACGCAAAUACGUAAUCGUGCGUUAAUACAAUAUUUUAGUCCGUAUUCGUCAGCGGAUAUGCGUAAAAUGGCUGGAUCGUUUAAUUGUACGGUGAUAGCUUUGGAGGAUGAAUUAAUGCAAUUAAUUCUGGAUGGACAGAUACAAGCGCGUAUUGAUUCACAUAAUAAAAUUUUAUUUGCGAAAGAUGUUGAUCAACGUUCGACUACGUUCGAGAAAGCGUUAAAUAUGGGUGAGGAGUAUAUUCGACGUACUAGAAUGUUGAUGCUUCGAGCUGCAAUGCUUAAAAACCAAAUACAUGUCAAGAGUCCUCAACGAGAAAGUGGUGGUCAAGGUGGUGAAAUGUCUGUAGCCCCAGGAUCAAGUGGUUCAUUGGCACCGCCCAGAAAUUAAUAACGGAAUUUUGUUUAAGUUGUGUGAUAGACUUUUUUGAAAUUAAUUAAAGAAAAUCAAAUAAAAAACGCAUCAAAUAAUUAAAAAAAACCUA